GCUAUUCUCAGACGAUUCCACAUAUUUUACUGUUGUUCACGAAUUGAAAAUAGUGUUCAGUAUGAAAAUAGAAAACUAGAUUUUCUGUGUUCCGCCCAGUGACUCAAAGGGAAGUUGAUAUGAUAACCAUCCAUUUCAUUUAUUCAGUUGUGAUUGAGCCACACAAUGAAAUAUCAGUAGUUGCAAUUAUAUGUUAGAACGUUGUUGACAACAUUUAAGAAUCAUUUUUCGUUUUAUGCCAGGUUUCUCAUUUUUUUAUGCUUGUGUAAAGGUAGAACUUCAAAAUGCGUCAUAUUCCUGGUUUCGGCAUUCUCCUGUUCUUCCUAAUAGAAGGAUCUGCCAGUCAGGAAUUCAACAUAACCCCAAUAACAACAAGCUCUGGACUCUACUACGAGAAAAUAGGGGAUGUUUUGCUUUCCAACAGUAACUGGGAAUUUGUAACGUCUGUAGAUUAUGGCGGAUACCUCCUCUUUUACCAAUAUUUGCAAAACCAAGCAGAAAAAUUGCACGGAUUUUGUCAGGAAUACCAGUCGAAGUAUUGCGAAGAAAGGUAUGAAAUCAUUAGAACCAGUAUGGACAGUAUAGCGAGCACAGACGAAAUCCUUGCCAAUUUUUUGGGAACAGAGGCCAAAAGGAGAGUCAAACGAUUUUGGUUUGAAGCCUUCAAAAUUGCUGCACCUUAUUUACUGAAACCCUUAGGAGAAGGCUUUUCAAAGCUUAUUUCUGGGGGAAAUAUUGAUAAGCGGCGUCUGCAGGAGUAUGAAAGCCAAAUAUCUCAGUUGAGACAAGGCCAGGAAGACAUUAUUAAUGAGCUAGGCGCCCAAAGAACAAUGUUCCAGCUGGAUUCAGAAAAGAAAGGAAACCAAAUCAAUUUCCUCAAGAGAACCCAGGAGGGUAUCCAAAAUGAACUAAAAAUCCUCAAGAAUACAGUUGGGCAGAACUUCGAAGAACACGAGAAGAAAAUUAAAGACUUGAAUGAUAUGCUUAGCGAAACCAAUCGUAAGCUGAAGCAGCAAGAAGACAGACAACGACAGUUGAUCAGUGACGUGGAACAUAUAAAAAACGACGUUGAAAAUAUUUACGACAAUUUGGACAGUAUCGAAAAAGAAAUCAGCAUCAACAGAAAUGAUAUCAAUGCUACGAAAAUCGAAACAAAACUCAAUACAAUAUCCAUUAAUUUUAACUUUCUGUUAUCUCGUUUCGAAGCCGAGCAGAAAACACUCCUGGACGUUGUUCAAAACGCGAAUAGAGGUUUCUUGGAUCCUUACAUUAUCACUCCUUUACAUCUGAUAGAAAUGCUGAGAAUUAUACAACCCAUGUUACCGGAAGAUAGCAGACUACCAUUUCAUCCCACCUUCGAGAAUGCUAGAACCCUUUACAACAUCAUCAAACCAACAAUCUUCCUGCACAACAACAAAAUCUUGUUUAUCUUGCAAAUUCCUUUGGUGCAUACCAAGUCUUUUGAAAUUUUCAAAAUGACAAGCUUUCCGAUGCAAGUGGCGCGGGACAAAUACGUUUAUGUUUCCCCAAAGAAGGAGUAUUUGCUAGUUAACGAUAAGCAGACUCAUUUGUUGGAGUACGUUUUGACAUCAGCUGCGAACUUCAGGGAGUUUUGUCAGAAUCUCGGGAGAGGAAUGUAUAUUUGCGACCACAUUCAACAGACAAAUGGACCUUCAUCGAACCUAGAGUGCGAAGUUCAGUUGUUCUCAAACAAAAAGGAACUUUCUGGAAGCUGCAAUACGAGGGUGAUGAAACUAAAGAAACCUGUUUUCAUCAAACUUCUGGAAUAUGGAGCUUGGAUAUAUGUUGCACCAUAUAACGAAAACCUGGUAAUAUCCUGCGAUGGUGGUUCGAGAAAAAAUGUUAACCUCAAAGGAGUCGGAUUUCUAAAUUUAUCCAAAGACUGCACAGCCCAAACUUCAGAGUUUAGCCUUCGGUAUACCUCUGGUUCCAAACCUGUUGACGUUUCUGGAUCUUAUUCUCCUGUCAUGAAGCUCACAGAUUAUAUCGACACGUCUAGGAUAGAAGCGUUCGACGCGGAAUCGUUUGACAAUCACAAACAGGUGAUUUUACCGUUCGAGCUGGGAGAAUUGGAUACCGCAAGCGUAGGGAUCAGGGAUAUAAAAUCUUUGAAUGACGGAACUGACUAUACUACUGUAAUAUAUGUAGUUGCUCUAGUCAUAGUUGUGAUGAUAGGGAUUGUUUUAUUCAGGAAGUCGAUAAGCCAGUUAUGCUUCAGAAGAAAAUGUACACAGCGAGAAAAUCAGGAUAUACCAUCAAGGUAUCAAUACUCCACAGCACCAAAUAACGAAAUCGUGACAAAACAAUUUCCAUAAUGCCUAAAAUCAUAUACCCACCGCAUGCUUCGAAAGUGAAAAAACAGUACAAAACAUUCAAAAAAAGUUUCUGGGAAAGGUUCCAAUCUUUUUCCUGGAUAUUGGUUGAUGUAAUUGGGUGUGAUAUUGAUGGAAACUCAAGGUCAAAUAAUAAAAAUUGUAUUUGAAUUCAAAGGCAGGUUUAUUUUACAAAAGGAAAACUUAUAUUGUUUAUAACAAUGAAAAAGAAAAUGGAAAUUUUACUUCAGAAUAUUUGACUAGUUCUCGCUAUGACCAUGACCCUCAGAGUCUCAGCUCUAGUUCAAGGUCAUUCUCAAAUGUGAAACCUUUCCUUUCAGUGAUAUUCUAAACCUUUCUUUCCUCACGAUCUUCAAAAUCUUGGCAUCUCCUUUCCUUAAUGAAGGCAAGGAGAUGUAGAUCUGAUUACUGAAGAGGUCAUAUGCCUCUGCAAAACUGACUUCUAGGGUCAAGAUCGUAAUGCUGGAGGUCGUUGAGAACGUAUCCUGACGUGAAAUUUAACACUUUUCAAAUAUGGGUUUCCGUGAAAAAACUGACCUUAGCCUUGAUUUGACCAUCGAGGUGAUGCUCGAAAUCGAAUCUAUAUCAUCGAAUUACCAGAAAAAAUAUCAAAACUGUUUUCUGUAACUAUUUUUCCGUUAAAAGCUUUCCUCAAAAGUUA